AUGACCUACACCAUCGGUGACAGACGGAUAACACUAGACGAAAACUUGCUGGAAACAGACAAGCUGCUCAUUCUCGCACACUCCAAAUUGUUCAAGUACUGUUUGAACAAUGCUACGUCCAAGUUCUUGCUCAAUGUGAAAAAGAUAGUCCAUCUUUACACGGAUAUAGUGACGAUAUACCUGACGCUUUUGGGCAAAAUACCCAACUACGACGACAUAACCAGGAUGACUCGUAAUGUGCGAACCAAUCUUUCAUCGUUGGAGAAUGAACUCAACAACAUCUUUGGCACUUACAUCUCGGAAGGGUCGCACACUAAGAAAGCCAACUGGGAAGACAAAAACUACGAACAUAAUGUCAAACGCAUGAGCCUCAUGAUAUUGGACCUGGCAAUCGAGUCGUUCGAGAUGAUCAUCAGCAACUUCAACUGCAUCGAGCUUUUCUUCAACAGCUUCGACAACUUGAAGAAGCUCUUGAUUCCGUUUCUCUUCAAACAGACCAAAUCCAUCUUGAAAUCACUCCACAAAGCCCACUACUUGUACAAAUUAACUACUAUUGCCGACGACAUCGUCUCCAUCAUGGAGAUCACGCCUCCUAUUACCAAGCAACUCAAGAAGAUCGAAAAGAUAACCAGUGGUAUUGAACGUGAAUCCAUAAUAUUAGAAACAGCAUUCCUUACUUUCGACCCAUCGCUACAGCAGUACACGAGCAUUUUGCUAGGAAGGGCCAUAUUGAAACGGACUAUCGACGAACGCGACUGCCAGAUCAUUAAGAGAAGAGAAGUAUGCUACCAGGCAGCAGAACAUGUUGUCAGUAUACCUUUGACGGAGGAGCAAACCAGUACGUUGCUGAUGGUGCAGUUGAUGAAAUACUUUUCUUAUUUAGUGCUAUUUCUAGUGGGGUUGUUUAGCUUGAUGCUCUAUCGAUUGCUUAAGGUGUUAGUAGGAAGGAUGACUUAG